UUUGUAAACUCUGCCAACACACAACGAACGCACGACCGUUGGUGCUUCACUUUUGUGGGGGCCCUUAGUACGAGUAGGAAUAACAACAACGACAACAACUUGCAGCAGCAGCCACAGCAGAUACAGAUACAAAGACAACUUCAUGUCCAAGCAGCCACAGCCAUUCAAUCGUCCAAGCAAUUGUGCGUGUCAACAGCAAUAAAAAUAAAGCCACAAAGUGCCAUCCAACAAAACUCCAUAACAAAAACAAAUAAGUGCUAAAAAUAAAAACCACAAUUGUCUGCCAUUCAACCAAGAAGAGAAAAAUUAAACGCGACGAAAGUGAAGGAAUCAGAAGUAGUCGGCAGUCUCUCUAACCAUCUCGCUCUUCUCUCGCUCUGUGUGUCGUGUGAACGCAGCUUAAUGUGCCACCCACAACAUGACAUCGCAUUCCUACUAUAAAGAUGUACUUGGCUUCGAUCCCAACGAGGUGCAGCAUGAGAGCAACAACCACAUCCCGUCCAGUGGCUCCAUGAAGCGCACGAGCUCUCGACAAACCCAUCACCAUCAUCAGAGCUAUCAUCAUGCGACGAGCAGCUCGACUGUUGCUGGCGGCGGUUCGCCAGCACGAAUCUCUGUCUCACCUGGUGGCGGUGUUGGUGGCGCUGUGGACUAUCAGCAGCAGCAAAUUUAUGCUAACAACAGCAAUCAUCAUCAUCAGCAGCACCAGCAGCAACGCCAUCAUCACCACCACCAACACCAGCAGCCGCUCUACGAAGCUAGUCCUGCGGCCAAAAAGGCCAAGCACUCGUCAACGCAGCCACAGCCGCAGGGCGGCUAUGAGGAUGCAUUGACGCAGUUUAAAGACGAACGCGAUGCCAUUCAAAAGAAGACUUUCACGAAAUGGGUUAACAAACAUCUUAAAAAGGCCAACCGUCGAGUUGUGGAUUUAUUCGAAGAUUUGCGCGAUGGUCACAAUUUACUUUCACUGUUGGAGGUGCUUUCUGGCGAACACCUGCCACGUGAGAAAGGAAAAAUGCGUUUUCAUAUGCUGCAGAAUGCACAAAUGGCUUUGGAUUUUUUGCGCUAUAAGAAAAUCAAAUUGGUCAACAUACGCGCCGAAGACAUUGUUGAUGGCAAUCCGAAGCUAACUCUCGGUCUGAUCUGGACCAUUAUAUUGCACUUCCAGAUCUCCGACAUUGUUGUUGGUAAGGAGGACAACGUAUCUGCACGCGAGGCUCUCUUGCGUUGGGCACGCCGCUCUACUGCUCGGUAUCCCGGUGUGCGUGUCAAUGACUUUACGUCGUCGUGGCGUGAUGGCCUGGCCUUCUCGGCUCUGGUGCACCGCAACCGACCGGACUUGCUUGACUGGCGAAAGGCAAGGACCGAUCGGCCGCGUGAGCGUCUAGAGACUGCCUUCCACAUUGUGGAGAAGGAAUAUGGUGUCACGCGUCUAUUGGACCCAGAGGAUGUCGAUACCAAUGAACCUGAUGAGAAAUCCCUAAUCACGUACAUCUCCUCGCUGUACGAUGUAUUCCCAGAGCCACCAUCCAUACAUCCACUCUUUGAUAUGGAGUCGCAACGUCGCGUCCACGAAUAUCGUGAUUUGGCUCAACAGUUUAUCUACUGGUGCCGCGAGAAGACCGCCUACUUACAGGAGCGCUCAUUCCCGCCCACUCUGAUCGAAAUGAAGCGUCUGCUUAGCGAUUUGCAGCGUUUCCGCAGCGAUGAGGUUAGCGCACGUAAACGUGAGAAGACUAAGCUUGUUCAAAUUUAUAAGGAGCUUGAGCGAUAUUUUGAGACCGUCGGAGAGGUAGAUGUGGAGCCUGAGCUACGGCCAGAGGCAAUUGAAAAGGCCUGGUAUCGCAUGAAUACUGCUUUGCAGGACCGUGAAGUCAUUUUGCAGCAAGAGAUUGAACGUUUGGAGCGUUUGCAGCGCUUGGCCGAUAAGGUUCAGCGUGAAAUCAAGCAUGUAGAUCUUAAGCUGACCGAUCUGGAGACACGCAUCAGCGAGGAGGGUCGCCGCAUUGAACGUUUGCACCCCGUCGAUGCUAAGAACAUUGUGGAGGCUCUCGAAACAGAGAUUAGACAUCUGGAGGAACCUAUACAGGACAUGAAUCAGGACUGCCAUGUGCUCAACGAGGGUCGCUACCCCCAUGUGAGCGAAUUACACAAGAAGGUCAACAAAUUGCAUCAACGUUGGGCUCAAUUACGCACCAAUUUCCACACUAACCUAGUACAGAAACUGUCGGGUUUGAAAUAUCCCGUCCAUGAGACAACUGUUACGCGUCAAACGCGCAUGGUUGUCGAGUCCCGUCAGAUCGACACAAACCCACAUUUCCGCGAUCUUCUCGAACACAUUGAAUGGUGCCAGAACAAACUGAAACAAUUACUUGCCGCUGAUUAUGGCAGCGAUUUGCCAUCAGUCAAGGAGGAACUCGAUCGUCAGCAACAUGAGCAUAAGCUAAUCGAUCAAUUCCAUUCUAAAAUACUCAACGACGAGCGUCAUCAAAGCAAGUUCUCCGGCGAUGAAUUGAAUUUGUAUCAGCAAAGACUAAAUCAGUUACAAAAGGUCUAUGCUGAGCUGCUUAGCACCUCAACGAAGCGUCUAUCCGACUUGGAUUCGCUGCAGCACUUCUUGGCGCAAGCAUCUGCAGAGUUGCAAUGGCUCAACGAGAAGGAGCAAGUUGAAAUAACGCGCGACUGGGCGGACAAACAACUCGAUUUGCCUUCAGUGCACAGAUAUUAUGAGAACCUUAUGUCCGAACUGGAGAAGCGCGAGAUGCACUUUGCCACCAUCUUGGAUCGCGGUGAGGCGCUGCUCAACCAACAACAUCCAGCCUCCAAGUGCGUUGAAGCCCAUUUGACGGCACUACAACAGCAGUGGGCGUGGCUGUUACAGCUAACGCUCUGCCUGGAGGUACAUCUGAAACAUGCCACGGAAUAUCAUCAAUUCUUUGCCGAAAUUAAAGAUGCCGAGCAAUGGCUGAGCAAACGAGAUGAGAUACUGAACAGUAAGUUCUCCCAGUCCGAUUUCGGGUUAGACCAAGGAGAGUCCCUGUUACGCGGCAUGCAAGAUUUGCGGGAGGAGCUCAAUAGCUUUGGCGAGACAGUGGCAAAUCUGCAACGCCGUGCACAAACCAUUGUGCCGUUGAACAAGCGCCGACAACCGGUCAACCGUCAAGGACCUGUGCAGGCCAUUUGCGCAUACAAACAACAGGGUCAGUUGCAAAUCGACAAGGGCGAGACAGUCACUCUUCUGGAUAACUCCGGACGCGUCAAAUGGCGUGUGCGCACAGCCAAGGGCCAGGAGGGCUCCAUACCCGGUGCUUGCCUACUGUUGCCGCCACCCGAUCAGGAAGCCAUUGAUGCUGCGGAACGUCUUAAGCGUCUCUUCGAUCGCUCAGUUGCGCUCUGGCAGAAGAAACAUUUGCGUCUGCGUCAGAAUAUGAUUUUCGCAACCAUACGCGUUGUCAAGGGCUGGGAUUUCGAUCAGUUUCUGGCCAUGGGCCCGGAACAGCGGACGGCCAUCAGACGCGCCUUGAAUGACGAUGCUGAUAAAUUGCUCAGUGAAGGCGAUCCCAACGAUCCACAAUUAAGACGAUUGCGACGCGAGAUGGACGAGGUCAAUCGUUUGUUCGAUGAGUUUGAAAAACGUGCUCGCGCCGAAGAGGAAAGCAAGCAGGCCAGUCGCAUAUUCACAGAGGAAUGCAUUGCCAUCAAGAGCAAACUGGAGGAUAUGGCGCGUGAGCUCGAUCAGAUAAUACUGGCACCUUUGCCACGCGACCUGGACUCGUUGGAACACGUGCUUGAAAUACACGCAGACUAUGAGCGCCGAUUACAGUUGCUCGAGCCGGAGCUCAAACAUUUGCAGGAGACAUUCCGCACCAUUGCACUGAAAACGCCAGUGCUGAAGAAAUCGCUAGACAAUCUAAUGGAAUUAUGGAAGGAGCUGAACACACAGAGUGGUCUGCACAAGGACCGCUUGAAAUUGCUCGAAGCAUCUCUGGCUGGUCUGGAGGAUAACGAGCAUGUCAUAUCCGAAUUGGAAAACGAGCUGGCGAAGCAUCAAGAUUUGCCAUCAACGGCCGAGGGCUUGCAAAUGGUAUUCAAACAGCUCACUCACAUGCAAGACAUAAUUACACAACAACAACCACAAAUGGAUAAAAUGAACGAUGCUGCCGAUCAGCUGGGACGUAUGGGCGUACCCACCAAGGUGCUCGGUGAUCUAAAGCGUUUGCAUUCAAACGUUGAGCGUCUAAAUACGCGCUGGAGUGCGGUUUGCAAUCAGCUAGGCGAACGAAUGCGCUCAUGCGAGACGGCAAUCGGCCUUAUGAAGAAUCUCCAAUCGAGCGUGCAAGUCGAGGAAUCAUGGGUGGAUGGCACCACAGAGCGUCUCUCUGCCAUGCCCACGGCGACUUCAGCUUACGAAUUAGACAAACUCCUGGGAGCUGCUAUCGAACGAAAACCCAAAAUCGAAAACGUCAACGUUGCUGGAGGACGACUUAUACGCGAAGCUAAGAUUUACGACAGUAAAUGCCUACGCUUUGUUGACUGGCUACUGGAGGUACGUCCGUCCUUCUCGCCACCGCGUCGUGAUCUGCGUCCUGCGGAUAGCGAUCCUGGCGCCACACAGUAUUACAGCCAACGUUUGGACAACCUCAAUACGAAAUAUGACAGAUUGCUGGAACAACUGUCACAAAGGCUGAAAACAGCAAUCGAAGUGAAUGGCAGCGAUGGUCUGCAAUACGCUGAAAGUUUACAGAAACCGCUAAAAACCUUUAGAGUUGACUUCAGUGCGGGCAGCGUACCAACUGGCGAUGGUUAUGCUGCACGUCCGGAGGAUCUCUACACAACAUCCUACAGCAGCACACAAUUCAGUUCGACAAAGACAACGAAAAGCUCGACGAAGAGCAUCUACACAGAUGGCACAGACGCGCCCAACAACAAGGCGCAAGAAUUGGGCACACCACAAUCCCAAAUCCAAUUCAAUGAAAUACGUAGUUUGAAACGCGUUCAACAAAUCAACGAUGGCAUUGGCAGCUCCGUCCUAGACAUAGCCGGCAUACGCGAUCCGCGCACAGGACGAGUGCUUACAAUUGGCGAAGCAAUACAGUUGCGCAUUCUGGAUGUGCGUACUGGUGAAAUGUUGAUUGGGGAUCGUCGCGUAACGCUGGAACAGGCCGCCGAACAAGGAUUAAUUGACGCACAUCUGGCGCGUCAGCUAUUGCAGCCGGGUGCUGGUCGCGAUGCCUCUGGCCGGGAACUGUCGCUACUCGAGGUCAUACAGCGUGAGAUAAGCGAAGCAGAAUCGGGAUACGAGACGGCAGAGAAACGUAUUAAGGUAACAACAAGUACUGUUGUUGAGGAAUCACCUGAAAAUCCUAAAAAUAUUGCCGACGCCAUUUCUGCGGGGAGUGUGGAUACAAAGACGGGCCUGUAUCGCGUUAAGUCGGGUCAAACCAUCAGCCUGGCGGAGGCCUACGAGCGCGGCUACUUGAUUCGACACGAAUCGGUGACAAUCAAGUCAAAUGCGCUGUGCUUGAGCGAUGCGAUUGCUCAUGGCCUGGUCGACGGUGCCGGCUGGAUAGCUGAUCGUAAUUGUGGUGACAAGUUCAGACUGGACUCGGCUAUAGCAAAUCAGUUGAUAGAUGCAGGUGUACGCGAAGUGGUAGAUGCGAAGCACGACGUUAAAAUUACGCUGCAAUCGGCAUUGCAGUCGGGCAUAUUAAACGCGAAAACGGGUCGGUAUGUAAAUGAAGUGACAAAGGAGAAGCUUAGCUUCUUGGAGGCGCGAAAUCGGCAAUGGAUUGUGAAACCCUAUACGUUAAAAGAUAUUUGUGAUUUGAAUUUAAUGGACAAGCAAUCGCUCAUUACGAGUCCCAUGCGUAGAGAAAAAUUGAGUAUUAUGCAGGCAAUCGAGGCGGGCGUCUUAGACGGGAACACAUUGAAGUGCAUUACUAAACGUAAAGGUGAGUUAAUCACUUUGCAGGAGGCAAUUGCUGAUGGCAUUGUGCUGCCUGCUGAGUGCAAAUAUCGCGAUUUUAUGACAGGUGAAUUGAUUAGCAUACCGGAGGCGGUGGAACGUGGUCUUAUCAGUUCCGUAGCUCAAAAGUCCAUUUUCGAUAUAGACGGUUUUAAAGAUUUGCACAGCAACGAUUAUGUCAGCUUUAAUGUGGCCCUGUCGCGCGACAUUUUGCGUCGCAAGAGCACGGGCUUUGCCUUGGAGACCGGUCGUGACAACUUUGUGCCGCUCGAGCUAGCUGUACGGGAGGGUCUAGUACGCCAGGAGGUAUACGAGAUGUUUAAUCGCGGUAUAGGGGUGCACAAUGCCAGCGGCAAGGAGUUAAGCGUCUUUGAUCUGGUCUAUCAUAAUUUAAUAGACCCAAAAACAGGUUAUUUGCUCGAUGCGAAAACGGGCGAGCCUGUGCCUCUGGACACUGCUAUUGAACGCAAGUUCAUAACGCCCGAAGGCGCAUUACUUCUAAGUAGUCUGCUCAAUAUUACACUGACCACUGAAACAGUUACUCGUACAAUCAAUCGUUAUGUCACCAUACGCGCUGGCUCUCAGGAGCCUGGCGAUACUGUGCUACUUACCUUCACAGAAGCAGUACGUCAGGGUUUCAUUGACGAGGACAGACAAUUGUUUAAAGAUCCCAAGACAGGAAAUGUAUACUCAGUGCAACAGGCCUUGAACUAUGGACUGCUUGUACCCGACAGCAACCAAACAGUACCUGAACCUACGAACCGCAAAAAGACCAAGUCCACAAUUACCAUUGUGACUAAACAGAUUAUGCCGGAAGCCGAACCAAUUAAACUAAACACUCAAAAAUAUGUGGAGAAAUCUGUAGAGAUACCCAUAACACAGGAGUUGGUCAAGCCGCAACGCGUUAUCUCCGACUUUAUAAACAUGGAAAAAAGCAGCUAUAUUGAACAAAACGUGACGGAGCGUCAGAUUAUGGAACUACCACCAGGCGGCUGGCGUUUGAAGGAUGCCAUAGAGCAGCGUCUGUUUAAUCCAGACACGGGUGUAUUUCAUGUACAGGGAACCGAUCGUCUUGUCGAUUUUGAGGAGUGCAUUGCCAAACAAAUCAUAAACAAUCUAUCCGUGGCCGUUAUUGAGCCCAGCACCGGUGACAAGAUAUCCGUAAAGUCAGCCUUCGAACGCAAUAUAAUCGACAGCUAUGGAAAUUAUACAAAUCAACGCCAACAGGUGCAGAGCAUGCGCAGUGCAAUAUCCGAUGGAAAGAUUAUACUUGAAACCGUUCCGGCUACGCGAGGCGCUUCCCAAAAGACAAUUCUACGGAUUACUCGCGUCAGCAAUAUACCGGAUGUGCUCGAGGUGUCUACGCCCCUGAAAGAUGCACCGCCCAAGUUUAUUGAGGUUAACACAUGCCACCGUGAGCUGGCCUCACCAGAACCUUUGCAAAUAGCACCUGGUGCCAUUUAUGAUCCGUCGACGGCUCUUGUAAUAUUCACGCAAAGCGGGGAGACCGAAAACAUUUUCGAUGCAGCGCGCCAGGGUCUAGUUGAUGAGCAGCUCAUUAAAAUUGUUGAUCCUCAGACGAAACAAACAAUUUCAGUUACAGAAGCGAUUGCACGAUCUAUCUACGAUCCACGUACCGCCACUAUACUAAAUACCGAAAAUCAACCAGUGGAUCUAAUUACAGCCACAAAGCUGGGUCUUCUCAGCGUUGUUGGUGCACCACUUGUGGCUGCGGAGGGUGCGUUGCGCACCGUGCGUUUCGUUACCGAUCCACGUACUGGUGAGCAAAUACCCGUUGAAGUAGCCUACGAACGUGGCAUUGUAUCGCGCGAUCAACUAAAGCGUGGACGCUCCUUCGAAAGCGAGCCAACAGUGGAGGAGAAGGUAGUCGUGCUCCAGAAGAUGCGAAAGAUCAUACUCAAGCCGAAGGAUGCUCAACGUAAGGGCAUUAUUGAUGAGAAGACCUGCCAGAUACUCGAGAAUACAAAGAACUUUACCAACAAUCAGGGUGAUGUCGUCAACAUUACCGAAGCACUUAGUACAGGUUUAAUUGAUGGUCGCAAAGGUCAUGUCAUUGACCCACAAAGCAAUAAUGUGCUCAACUUAAGACAGGCAGUCGAACAGAAGAUCCUUGAUCCAGAGGAAACUAAUCACAUACUGGUACCGCUAGCAAAGAGCUUGUCAAUACCAAGACUGGCAGCCCAAGGCCUAAUAGACACAAAGACCCAAACUAUUGUCCAUCCCGAAAGUGGCUAUCCAUUAAGCAUACAAGAAGCAAUAGUAUGUGAAGUUUUGGAUCCCAAAUCAAAAAUGCAGAAACCUUCAAAAUGUACAAUAGAAGAGGCUAUACAGAAUGGCAUUGUAAAUGCGGAUGAUUCCAAGUUUACCUACAAAAACAAAACCCUGAAUAUAAGCGAAGCCAUCGAUGCAAAGUUGUUCGAUCCCAGCUAUGACAAGCAAAAGGCCAAGGUGGAAAUACCACCAGUGGGCAUGAUUUUCCCCGUCGCCGUUGAGAGAAGUCUAGUUGAGCCCACAAAACGCAUCAUCGUUCAUCCAACAACAAAUAAACAGUUGCCUAUCAAGCAAGCCAUUGAUGAGAAUUUCAUAAUGUCAAUACCAUAUCCGCCAAAACCAGAUGCGAUUGAGCUAGUCGAUGCAAUGGAUCAAGAUCUAAUUGAUGUGGCCGCACAUACCCUUAGACAACCCAAAACAGGAGAUCAGUUGCCUUUGCGCCAGGCGUUGGAGACAGGUGUAUUAGUUGUCAAACCGCUGUCGGAUUUCGUUGUCACACAAAAACCCAUUGCGAAGACUGAGGUGAUGGAGACUGUUCGAGCGGUCCAUACUGUGACCACAAAGACCAUUGAACUUAUGCAGGGUUAUGUACUCAUCUCGAACAACGAGGUGCAGAAUGUGAACACAGGUGAGGUGUGCAGUCUAGAAGAAGCUAAGGAAUUAGGUAUAUUGCGCGAGGAGUCAGUAACGCGGGAGACGAAGGCGGUAGCAGGCGAGAUUCCGGAGCAGGAAGUCACUGAUAAAACUAUAGUUUUAGAAAAGCGUUCGCAAACCGUAUUGGUUAGCUCGGAUACGAAGCAACAGGAGAUGCAGGUUACUAGUAGCACAACACAAUCCACCAUUGAGCAUGUUAAUGUAGAUGUAACACAAGACAAACCAUCAAAAGAGAGUUCCAGCACAUUGAAAAAUGUUAAAGAAGCAGCUAAAAUGGGGGCCUUGGGCGUUAUAGCAGCACCAGUACUGGCUGGAGGUGCUAUCGUAGGUGGCGUUAAGAGCCUCAUAAAAUCUGUAAAGAAGCCUACAGAGGACCAUAAAUCGACGACGACAAUUGUAACAGAAAGCAUAGUGAAGAAACCUGAGCAACCUCAAGACAUUGUCACUGAAGAAAAGAGAGUUGUUGUGCCCCAGCAAGUAUCAGAUGAAGUUGAAAAUCUAUUGGACGACACUGAGAAGUUUAUCAAUACUACCACCACAAAUUUCAUCUUAAAUGAGAGACAGCAACAUCAGCCCAAGGAGCCGGUUAAGCCUGUAGAACCAAUCGAUGAAACUACAUCCACUUCGUCUACGACAAAUGCAACACAUACAACGAUUACAACCUCAACUACUACAACGCAAUCAAUUAUAACUGAACCAAUAAUCACAGAAGAUUUGAAAACACCACUUAAACCAUCAAAUGUAGCCAAUGCUACAAUUGAGUCCCCAACAUCUCCACUGCCGAAAGUCACAGAAACUAUAAUAAACACUAUAACUGAGACAUCGAUUGUUGAGGAGCCGAACACUAUUAACAAGGAACCAAUUGUGGAACCAGAACUUAUCAAUGAAGAGCCAAUUGUAGCAAAACCAGACACAGAAAAGAAAAUUGUUACAAAACAAGAACCCGUACAGGCAAUUGUAACAAAACCAGAAUCAGACCUGUCGAAUGUAACAAAACAAAAGCCAGACGAUGUUACCUCCAGUGAGACUAAAAUUGAGGUUAUUGAAGAACCGACAACAACUACAGAAUCUACAACUACAAUUGUAACCACUUCAAAGACAAUAACAUCUGAAAGCAAGAAAAUACCUGAAAUAGCGGAAAAUGCAGAACCAAAAGUAGACUCCAAACCAGAACCAAAACCAAGAACUACAGUCAAAGAGGAAGUUAAAGAUAUUCCUCCUCCUUUCACAGCUCCAUUGGCACCCUUUUCUGAACCAGUUAAAGACACAGAUGUUAAAAUCACUGAAAUUAUUACAGAAGAGCCGAUUGCCUCUGCUACGCAGACUGUAACAACUAUAACAACAACACUAACAUCCACAGAAACAUUACAACAAGAACCCAUCACUACGGAAAUUGUGGAGACAGUUAUUAAUAGUUCAGUUGAGGAGCCGAAGAAAGUAGCAGAAGUGAAGGAUACUGAAGUACCAAGUAAAGAACAACCAACGCCAGCGAAACCGGAGCAACCCAGCGCUAUUACUGUUGAGGAAAGAAUUGUAACAGUUGAGGAGCCAGCGAUAUCAGAAUCUACAGAGUCCACAACAACAACAACAACAACUGUUACUACAACUACAACAACUUCAAGUAGUGAGGAAUUAAUUGAUCCACAAAGUCAGGUGAAAGUCAUUGAGGAAAUCGUUCCAACAGACGAAAAAUUGGUAUCAGAAGAAAAAAGGGUUAAACCAGAAGAUCAGCCGGCGAAACCGAUAGAAAAUAUCCCGAAAGAAGAAGAGAAACAGGCACCUGCUGAGAUAGUAACGGUGGAGCAGCAUAGCCCGUCAGAGCCAUCAACUACUACGCAACUUACAGAGACUGUGACAACAAUAACAACUCUGGCAGAACAGAAACCGGGGGCUCUGGAACAAAUUACACCUUCACCCAUAAACUCCGGCAAAAAUGACACCGUUACCGACUUCAUCGAGCGGGAAAGGACGGCCGAACCCACUCCUGGCAACAACAUCUUGCAGAACGUUAAAGAUGCAGCUAAGUUAGGCGCUUUGGCAAUUGUUGGAGCUCCAGUAUUAGCUGGCAAGGCACUCGUAGAUGCUCUUAGUGGAGAUAAGCCUGAAAAAUUGGCACAGUCCACGAUCGAAGAAGUCAAUCAAGAAAAGCCGACUGUUGUAGUAGAAAGCACAGGUACAUCUAGUACACUUGUCACAAAAAUUACAACUACAACAACCACAACAACGAGCAGUACUGUUGGAUCUUCUUCUACGCCCGAUGAUGAAUCGCGUGACACUGUUACUAUUACAACUGUCGAAACCAGCGGCCGUAAUGUGCCACAGACACUAGCUAUUGGUGACGCUAUCUCCCAAAAAUUAAUUAGCCCCGAUGAAUGUCAAAUUAUAGUCGAUGGAGAGGCGCAGUCACAAACUGUUACCGAACUUCUUAAAGACGAACAGCUUAGUCCCCUAGACGAGGUUCAGAUCAUAGAUGACAAAUUGAUUGUGCUGCAACAAAUUACGUAUGUUGUGGACAUUGAUACAGAACUGACGCCGGAAAAACUAAGUGAGCUCAACAUUUUCGACCCCCUCCAUCAAUACUUUACUGAUCCUACAACGGGUCAAAAAAUAUCAUUCCAAACCCUUGUAUUCGACAUGAAUAUCUUUAAUCCCGAAACAAUUUUGGUGAAGAACUUUAGCACUGGCAAAUACGAGACUUUGACAGCAGCUCUUGAACGUCCAUUACUUGACAGACAUACUGGUCAUAUGGUAGAUCCUAAGACUGGCAAGAAAAUACCCUUUUUUGAAUGCAUAGCACGCAAUUGGAUUAUACGUGCCGAUCCUGAAGAUCAGCGGCCUGCGCCCAUUGAGAAUGUAGUAAUCGAUUCGGAAACCGGCAAAGUUAUACUUGACGAUGGUCGAGUUUGUUCCAUUGUUGAUGCUAUUAACAGUGGCAAGCUGGACAUACAGUCGAUAUCGGUACGCGACCCGGUGAGUGGUGAAGUUAUUCCACUGCGUAUGGCAAUUGAGUUGGGAGUGGUAGACAUGCAGGCAGGCACUGUUAUAGAUAUUCAAACGCUGAAAGAGAUACCCUUGGAGGUAGCUUUUAAGCUCGGCUUCUUAGUUCCUGGUGCACGCAAGCCGAUUUCAUUGGAGGCAGCUGUGCGCAAGGGUCUGUACGACCCAGAAACGGGCAAACUUUACGAUGCUGAGUCACAGCAUCAAGUCGAUGUCCAAAAAUCCAUAGAAAUUGGCCUAGUUGAUCCGAAAAUCUCGUUAAUUGUUGACACUCUUAGCAAGAAGGAGCUGAAGCUCGAUUGUGCCAUUGAAGAUGAGUUGGUCUUACCCGCAACAGGUCAAAUAAAAGAUAGCAAAAACAAUACACUGGUUCCAUUAGAUGUGGGUGUACAGCAGAAUAUUGUUAAGACCGACAGCGUUACCUGGAGCUUGCCUGAACUGCUGCAACGUGAAUACUAUUCGCCCGACACGGGCAGAGUGCUUAAUCCAGUUACUGGAGAAGAUAUUUUACUACAGCAAGCUAUAGAAAUGGGCUUUGUCGAAAUUGAUACAACACUAAUCAAAGAUGCCGAACAUGACAAGAUUGUGCCCGGCAAGGAGGCAGCCAAAUUGGGUCUACUAGAUACUGUGCGCGGCACACUUAGCACGCCCAACAUUAGUUUAGACGAAGCUUUCGUUAAGGGAUAUUUAAUUAGCACCAAGAACCCCCUCUCUCUAGUUGAUUGCUUGCUCCGUGGUCUUUAUGAUCCUUCGACAGCACUAUUUACCAUCGACAACAAGAAAUUGGAUUUAAAAUCAGCAAUUGCGCAGAAGCUCAUUAAUCCUGAGGAGCUGGUGCUUUUGGAUCCCAAAACCGAGUCAAUCAUUUCGAUCAAUGAAGCCAUAUCAAAGGGGUACCUUGAUCCAGUGGGCGGCUUUGUAAUUAAUCCCUAUGCUUCUACAAAGCUUUCAUUGCCUGAAGCCCUCGAAAAUCGUAUACUUAUUCCACCCAAGCGAAAGCGCAGUCUGCCUGACGCCGUUUAUAGGGGGCUAUAUGAUCCUAAAACGGGUCAAUUUAGCAAUACAUUUACCCGCGAGAAGCUAACAACUGAACGUGCCAUACGUAGGGGUAUACUUGAUGCCGAUUCUACUAUCGUUAAUGUAACCGGUCAGGUCAUACCUUUUGGCGUGGCUACUGAGACAGGGAUAGUGGACAGCACGCAGGGCACAGUACGUGACGCCGACGACAAACCUAUUGACUUCAAGGAGGCUUUCGAUAGAGGCAUUUUAGUAGAAGCCAAAAAACCGAUGCGCCUCAGCGAAGCUGUUGUGAAGAAUGUGUACGACGAAGUAGAUGGUCAUUUUGUAGAUCCGAAAUCGGGCGAGAAACUCAACUUUGCUGAGGCACUCAACACCAAUCUACUUGACGAGCAUAGCGUGCAAAUUAGGGAUUUCAAAACAGGUCUAUACAAGCAACUGAACUUGACAGACGCCAAAGACUCGGGCAUUAUUGAUCCACAAAACUCAAAACUAUUGUACAACAACCAGACCAUAACACUCAAACAUGCUUUUGAUAUCGCUAUACUAAUGGAUGUAAAUGCGCCAAUAAGCAUUCAACGAGCCAUACAUCAGGGUCUCUUCGAUGAUAAGAUUGGCAAGCUCACUGAUCCAAAGACCGGACGCAAAAUAACGCUUCUUGAGGGUAUGCGAAGCUUUAUUAUUAACCCUCAUCUGCCCUGCUAUUUUGACGAACAGACGGAACAGCUGUACAGUCUCAGCGAUACUUGCCGCAAUGGCAUCAUUAACAGGCGAGAAGGUGUAUUCAGGGAACCAGGCAGUAACAGCUUUGUUUCGCUAGGUGAGGCACUAAGUUUGGGUCUAAUAGUGGAUAUCGAGAAUGCUGGCUUUGGGUUGUAUGAGAUGUUAGCAAUGGGCUUCUAUGAUGUGCCUUCACGCAAGGUUCUUCAUCCAGUUACCAAUCGCAAGCUAAACUUGAACGAGGCAUGCGUCGAAGAUGUGCUUAGUCUAUCCUCUAGUUUAGUUAAGCACUACGAUUCGGGCAAGUAUAUGCGUCUAGCAAAUGCCAUCAAGGAACAACUUAUAGACGACACUAACGGUUGUUAUAUCUUGGGUGAGGAGAAACUUGAUUUACAAACGGCCCGCGCACGCGGUCUUAUUGUGUCUAACCGUCGUCUUCUUAGCCUAGAGCAAGUUCUUCGCAUGCAACUAUACCGCCCAGACACAGGCAAGUUUUGCGAUCCUACAACUGGCGAGUAUUUGGAUCUGAUUGAAGCAAUUCACAAUGGCUUCAUCGAUCCUGCCAGCACCGUAUUUAAAAACCAAGUUACUGGAAAACAGCUGCCAUUAAACGAAGCCAUCGAAAACGGUGAUAUUGAUGUGUCCAAAGGUCGUGUAUUUGAUCCAAAAUCAAAGUCAGCCUACAAUUACGAUGUCGCAUUCUCGCGCGGCAUACUUUUCACCAUUUUGCGUCCACUAACUGAACGUAACGAGCUUGUAAGGCGUCAGGACAGCGUUGAGCUGUUGAGUCAAACACCAGUUAGUGUUGUUAUAAGCAAACCGCGCGAAAUGUCUCUCGAGGAGGCCAUUAAAUACCAGAUAAUUGAUCCAAAAACCUCGCUUGUCCGUGAUUUCGAUAGCUUCAAAUUCGUGCCCUACCAAGUGGCAUUCGAGCGCGGUCUUGUCGAUAUCACAAAACGUACACUCGUCGAUCCAAAAGCUUUAUACUUUGCAUUCGAUCCCUCAUUACUUAUUUACGUGCGCGAACCUAUCACAUUCGAUCAAGCUGCCGAAUCCAAACUGCUAGACUUGCAAACCGGCAUUUUGACAUACGUUACGUCCAGCGGUGUCGCCGAUACAGCCACCAUAGCACCUAAGCGCAACGACGACAGCGCAAAUGAUUCUCUGACUGUCAUUGAUACGCCGAAAGAGUAUACGCUUAAAGACGCCGCCGGUGCGGGUAUCAUUGAUCCCGAUUCGGCGUUGGUAAAGGACCUGGCCAAGUCGAAACUUGUGCGCUUGCCAGAGGCUUUCCGCAAGGGUCUCAUGGACUCUAACAAAGCAAAUGUGCUGAACACACAAACCUCGAAGCUGUGCACAUUGCAAGAAGCCUACGAGACAGGACUCAUCUGCACUCCCAAGCGUUCAUUUGGUUUGCUAGAAGCUAUAACAUUCAACCUGUACAAUCCGACAAACGGUUGUCUAGUAGAUCCUUUCCAAAUGCAUCCAGACAUCAUUAAACGUAAAAAGUAUACGCUUGCUGAGUCAAUAAGCUCGGGCCUAAUCGACCCCUCAUCUACGGUGGUGCGUGACCCAAACACUGGGGUAAUUGUUCCACUGACUGCUGCCAUUGGCAGUGGUGUUAUAGAUGCUAAUGAAGGUCGUUUGAACGACGCUAAAAACAAUAUUGAUUUGGUCAAGGCCGCCGAGAAGGGUUUGCUGUUGCCAGCCGAACAGAGGCAAGCAGUAUUUGAGAAGUUCAAUAUGUGCGAAGAGAACGUGAACGACCUGCUUAAGUGGGUCACUACUGUAGAACAGAAAAUCUCAAGUGUUGGCGGACCUCGUGAAAAAAUCGAUGAACUACGCAAUCAAAUCAAUGCCCUUAAGCAAAUCAAGGAGGAGAUCGAGUCCCAGCAGCGACCAGUGGCCACCUGCUUGGAGCAAAUUCGUCAAAUUGUGCUCACCGGUGGCGAUGUCCUAUCCGCGCCAGAAGUCACCACGUUGGAAAACUCAGGUCGCGAACUGCGUACGCGUGUGGAUCGUGUCAACGAUCGCACAGUUCGUUUAUUGCGUCGUCUGGAAGCAGGACGCGAUGAGCUCACUAAAUUACGUAGCGAACUAGACGUCUUUUCCGAUUGGCUACAAUUGGCACGCCGCGCACUAGAGGAUAAGGAACGUUCGCUAUCGGACCUAACUCGUCUGCCUUCGCAGGCAGAUGCCAUACGCGAGUUUGUUAGUGAUGUUAUUGGUCACCAGGCCGAUUUACGUUUCAUCACCAUGGCAGCACAAAAGUUCGUGGAUGAAAGCAAAGAAUUUUUGGCCGUCUUGAAUGACUUCCGUACAUCCCUGCCCGAGCGCUUGCCACACGUCGAGCCACUUUCAAGCGCCGAAAGUCCUAUACGCCAGGAAGUGUCGUUAGUGUCGGCGCAAUACAAAGAUCUUUUGAAUCGUGUCAACGCUCUGCAAGAUCGAGUUUCAGGGCUUGGCGGACGCCAACGUGAGUAUCAUGAUGCGCUUGACAAGGCAAACGAAUGGCUACGCAGUGCCCAGCCCCGUGUCUCGCGAAUUAUUUCCGAACCCGUCGCCGGUGAUGCAAAGGGCGUGCAGGAUCAAAUGAAUGAGGCCAAGGCAUUGCACAACGAGUUGCUGUCAAAUGGUCGUCUAGUAGAUAACGCUCAACAAGCUCUGGACAACCUUUUGCGCUCGCUGGGUGGUCAGCUUAGCCCUAUGGAAAUCAAUCAGCUCGAGCUGCCCAUCGCUGAUCUGAAAAAUAACUACCAGAAGUUGCUGGACACGUUGGGCGAGCAUUGCCAGACAUUGGACAAGACAUUAGUCCAAUCGCAAGGUGUUCAGGAUGCACUUGACAGUCUGGUCGGCUGGGUGAAUCAAGCUGAGGAUAAGUACAAGAUGAAUCUUCGCCCCGCCUCACUUAUAAAGGAGCGCCUGCAGGAGCAAAUACGCGAGCACAAGGUAUUGCUGGCCGACUUGCAAUCACAUCAGGCCAGCAUUGACAGCGUACAGAUAUCAGCAAAGCAUUUAUUAGCCAGUGCCUCCAAUGCACGCAUCGCCAAGAAGGUGGAGUCAAACUUGAAUGAUAUGACUGGAAAGUUUGAGAAGUUGUACGAGAAGGCCAACAAGCGUGGUGAGUUCCUUGAUGAUGUCUACAAUCGCUUGAGCAAGUACCUCGACGACAUUAGCAACGUGGAGCAAAACUUGGCAUCGUUACAAGAGGCUUUAGACAGCCGCGAGACCAGUCUGCUUACUACUGAGGAACUCGCACGUCGCAUGAACGAUCUGGCACGUCAGAAGGAGCACCUCGCUCCUGAGUUUGAGGACUGCGUACGCAAUGGCAAGGAUUUGAUUGGAUUGCGCGAUGUAACUGACACAGGCGCACUACGGGAUCGCAUCAAGGCGCUCGAAUCUCAGUGGCGAAAUAUUAACAUCAGCAUUGAUGAAAAAGCAAAGUUGUCCAAGCAGAAGGCUGAGCAGCAAUUGGCGUACGAAGGCCUUAAGGAUCAAGUUCUCUCAUGGCUGGCCAGCUCAGAAGCCCGUGUUAAUUCACUUGCACCGGUGGCCAUUGAUCUGGAUAAAAUUCGUCUGCAGCAUGAUGAAUUGAAGCCGAUUUGCAAGGACUAUCGCGACUAUGCACCAACAAUUGACAAAAUCAACGAUAUUGGUGGACAGUAUGAUGCUCUUAUACGACCGGAUAGUCCUGCACGUAAAAGAUCUACAUACAGUCCUAUUAAGCGCACGAGCCCACUGCGUCGCAUGUCCGGAGACGCCAGAAGUCCGAGCCCCACCAAGGGAGGCAUACUGUCGCCACUAUCGACUGGUUCCAGUGGAUUUGGUAGCCGCAGAUCCUCUCAGGACGGCUUCCAACUAUCUGAGUUGUCUCCGGUGCAGCAGCAAUUAGCCGAAAUCAACAACCGCUACGGACUAAUUGGCGUACGUCUUAAUGAUCGUCAGAAUGAGUUGGACAAUCUUAGCGAAGAGGUGCGCAAGCAGUAUGAGAACCUCAAGGGACUAGCACAGUUCCUGGAGCGCAUACAACGCCAAGUUCCGAAGGAGUCGGUUUCCAAUAAGGAAGAGGCCGAUCGCUGCAUUAAACAAUCACGCAAAAUACUCGAAGACAUGUACGAAAAGCAGAGCCUACUUGACACUACCAAGGCUCAAAUCAAAGACAUUCUGCGCCGUAAGUCCGAUGUGCCUGGUGCCGAACAGCUUCGAUUGGAGAAUGAGCAUAUACAGGAACGUUGGAAGAAUCUCAACGACAUUUGCAAGAACCGUAUUGCCUUCUCCGAGAAGUUGCGCGACUUCUUGGACACACAUGGAAAUCUGAAGAGCUGGCUGGAUAGCAAAGAACGUAUGUUAACAGUGCUAGGCCCUAUUUCAUCGGACCCACGUAUGGUGCAGAGUCAAGUGCAGCAAGUGCAAGUACUUCGCGAGGAAUUCCGGACUCAACAACCCCAACUUAAGCACUUCCAGGAAGUAGGACACGAUGUGGUUGACCAUUUGGCUGGAACUCCCGAUGCCCUGGCCGUUGAGAAAAAACUGCAGGAUGUGCUAAGCAAGUGGGAUGAUUUGGUAGGCAAGUUAGAUGAGCGUGCCAAUAGCUUGGGCGGAGCUGCUGACAGCUCUAAAGAGUUUGAUGCAGCCGUCAAUCGACUACGUGAAGCAUUGCAAAACAUUAGCGACAACUUGGACGCAUUACCUCUGGAUGGUGAUCACCAGGAGAAUUUGCGCAAGAUUGAGAACCUUGAACGCCAGUUAGAAGGUCAGCGUCCUUUACUUGCCGAUGUGGAGCAAUCUGCUGCCACAUUGUGCAAUAUUUUGGGCGAUCCCGCCUCUCGUGCCGACGUUAACUCGCGUGUAGCUGCGCUUGAGAAACAAUAUCAAACGCUGCAAAAGAAACUGGACACCAAGAAGGCCGAAACUGAAGGCUCGUUACGAGAUGGUCGCCACUUUGCUGAGAACUGCUCAAAAACACUGGGCUGGCUGUCUGGUGAACUUUCCAACCUGACGGAUCGCUUGCUCGUGUCCGCCCACAAGCCCACUCUUCAGCAUCAAAUCGAUACGCACGAACCCAUUUAUCGUGAAGUUAUGGCACGUGAGCAUGAAGUCAUUAUGCUGAUCAACAAAGGCAAGGAUUUGUCCGAUCGCCAACAAGACCGUAGCGUCAAACGCGAUCUAGAACGUAUUCAACAGCAGUGGGAGAAACUGCGUCGCGAAGCUGUCGAUCGUCACACACGCCUUCAAACCUGCAUGGAGCACUGCAAGAAAUACUCACAAACCGUUGAAUCUUUCUUGUCCUGGUUACGUACUGCUGAAGACAAAUUGGCGGAUCUGACACCUGGUGUUCUUUCAAAAUCCAAGUUGGAGGCGCGUUUGCGCGAUCUGCAAACUUUCCGUAGCGAAGUGUGGAAACACUCAGGAGAAUUCGAAAACACAAAGGGUCUGGGCGAAACCUUCCUUGCCAGUUGCGAUAUUGACAAAGAACCAAUAAAGGGUGAACUUCAGGACAUACGCGACCGUUGGGAGCGUCUGAACAACGAUUUGAUUGCCCGCGCUCAUGAGAUUGAAAACUGCUCACGUCGUUUGGGUGACUUUAAUGACGAGCUGCGAAAUCUCGAUCACUCCCUUGGCCGUUGUGAAGAUCGCUUGGCUGCUCACGAUGCUUUAGGUGGAGCUGCCAAGGACCCUAAGUUGCUGGAGCGUGUCAAGGCAAUACGCGAAGAACUGACCAAUCUCGGAAAACCAUUGCAAUCUCUGAAGGGUUUGGCCAAGGAUAUCAGUGCUGAAGCACGUGCUGCUGGAGGCGAUGCCAAUCAUUUGACUAGUGAAGUCGAUGGGUUGGCCGAUCGCAUGUCCGAGUUGCAAGGACGCCUCGACGAUCGUUGUGGCGAACUUCAAUCCGCUGCUACGGCGGUGGCACAAUUCAACGAGCAAAUGAAGAGCUUGAGCAUUGAACUGAACGACUUGGAAACCGAGAUAGAGCAACUGGGCCCACCAGGCCGUGAAAUCAAGAUCGUCCAACAACAACUGGACGAUGUCGGUAAGUUGCAACACAAAUUAGAACGCGUUGUUGACCGCCUAGGAGAUGCUGAGCGCGCGGCUGAUGUGCUCGUAGACUCCGGCUUCGCUGCUGACACCACGCAGACCCGCGAACAAAUUUCCACACUGCGUAAAACACUUGGUCGCCUUGAUACCCGUGUGCGUGACCACGAGGAAAACCUACAUAGUACGCUUAAAGCACUGAGAGAAUUCUACGACAUUCAAUCGCAAGCGCUUGAUGAUAUUCAGGAUGUUAGCGAUGAGUUCAAGCGUAUGAAACCUGUUGGCUCUGAAUUGGAUCAAAUUCGUCGACAGCAGGAGGACUUCCGUAACUUUAGAGAAAGGAAGGUAGAGCCAUUGGCGCAGAACGUGGACAAGGUAAAUGUGGCUGGGCGUGAUUUAGUACGUUCGGCUGGUAGUGGGGUAUCCACGGCCGUAAUUGAAAAGGAUCUAGAGAAACUCAAUGAUCGCUGGAAUGAUUUGAAGGAACGCAUGAACGAAAGAGACCGUCGCUUGGAUGUGGCCCUGCUUCAGUCUGGAAAAUUCCAGGAGGCAUUGGCCGGGCUCUCCAAGUGGUUGAGUGACACUGAGGAAAUGGUGGCUAAUCAGAAACCACCCAGCUGCGACUACAAGGUGGUUAAGGCUCAAUUGCAAGAGCAAAAGUUCCUCAAGAAAAUGUUAUUGGAUCGUCAGAAUUCAAUGGGCUCAUUGGCUACUCUCGGCAAGGAGGUUGCAAAUCACUGCGAGCCAACCGAACGGGCAUCCAUCGAGAAGCAAUUAAACGAUCUUAUGAAGCGUUUCGAUGCCCUGACUGACGGUGCUGAGCAACGUGAACAUGAUCUAGAGGAGGCUAUGGAAGUGGCCAAGCGUUUCCAUGACAAACUCAGUCCACUUGAGCAGUGGCUAGACAAUACGGAACGCGCUGUUAAGGCAAUGGAGCUUAUACCCACAGACGAAGAAAAGAUACAGCAACGCAUACGUGAACAUGAUGGUCUUCACGAUGAGAUUUUGGGCAAGAAACCAGACUUUACCGAUCUGGCCGAUGUUGCCGGUCAGCUAAUGCAGCUGGUUAGCGAUGAGGAGGCCGUCAAUUUGGGUGAAAAAGUACGAGCAGUUACUGAACGUUAUACGGGUCUAGUCGACGCCAGCGACAACAUUGGAGCUUUGCUUUCGGAAUCACGACAAGGUCUACGGCACUUGGUACUGAGUUAUCAGGAUUUGGUGGCCUGGAUGGAAAGCAUGGAGGCAGAACUAAAGCGAUUCAAGUCGGUGCCUGUGUAUGCCGAAAAACUAUUAGAACAAAUGGACCAUUUACUGGAGCUGAAUGAAAAUAUUGCCGGUCAUGCAUCAAAUGUGGAGGCCACCGUUGAAUCUGGUGCCGAACUAAUGAAGCAUAUCUCCAACGAUGAGGCUAUUCAACUUAAGGAUAAGUUGGACUCGCUUCAACGUCGCUAUGGCGAUCUCACAAAUCGCGGCGGUGAUCUGCUCAAGAGCGCCCAAAACGCACUGCCCCUAGUUCAGCAAUUCCAUGAGGCUCACAAUCGUCUGGUUGAUUGGAUGCAAAGUGCUGAGAGUGCAUUGGCACCAAGCGAGCCACGUCAAGCCGAUGUGUUGCGUUUGGAAGGAGAAUUGUCCGAAAUGCGUCCCAUACUCGACACAAUCAAUCUAAUUGGUCCACAGCUGUGCCAACUAUCACCUGGUGAAGGAGCGGCUACUAUCGAAACUAUCGUUACACGCGAUAACCGCCGAUUCGAUUCCAUUGUCGAGCAAAUACAACGCAAGGCUGAGCGUCUACAUUUGAGCAAUCAGCGUGCCAAGGAAGUAACCGGUGAUAUUGAUGAGCUGCUUGAGUGGUUCCGUGAUAUGGAUACAACAUUGCGCGAAGCCGAUCCACCAGCAAUGGAGCCCAAAUUGGUACGUGCUCAAUUACAGGAGCAUCGUUCCAUCAAUGAUGACAUCUCCAGUCAAAAAGGCCGUGUGCGUGAUGUUACCGCUUCCUCAAAGAAGGUGCUGCGUGAAUCCCCGCAAAGUGAAAACACAGCUACGCUACGUGAAAAGUUGGAUGACCUUAAAGAAAUCGUUGACACUGUGGCCCAGUUAUGCAGUGAACGUUUGGGCAUAUUAGAACAAGCCUUACCAUUAUCCGAACACUUUGCCGACUCUCACCAAGGACUCACGACUUGGUUGGACGAUAUGGAGCAACAGAUUUCACGUUUAAGCAUGCCUGCAUUGCGUCCUGAUCAAAUAACCUUGCAGCAGGAUAAGAAUGAGCGUCUACUACAAUCUAUUGCUGAGCACAAGCCGUUGCUGGACAAACUGAACAAGACCGGCGAGGCUCUUGGGGCUCUCGUCGCUGAUGAGGACAGCGCAAAAAUAAAUGAAAUUCUGGACACGGACAAUGCUCGCUAUGCAGCAUUGCGCUUGGAGUUGCGUGAACGACAGCAAGCGCUUGAGAGUGCUCUGCAGGAGUCCAGCCAGUUUUCGGACAAGUUGGAGGGUAUGUUACGUGCUCUGGCGAACACAGUCGACCAGGUCAAUCAAUUGGAUCCGCUUUCGGCGUUGCCACAAAAGAUACGAGAACAAAUCGAGGAUAACGAUGCGCUAAUGGAUGAUCUGGACAAACGUGCGGAUGCAUUCAGUGCUGUACAGCGUGCAGCCAACGAUGUCAUUGCUAAGGCGGGCAACAAGUCCGAUCCUGCGGUGCGUGACAUCAAAGCAAAACUCGAAAAACUUAAUACCCUAUGGAACGAUGUACAAAAUGCAACCAAAAAGCGUGGCAGCUCUUUGGACGAUAUUCUGAGUGUAGCUGAACCCUUCUGGAAACAGCUGAAUAGCGUCAUGAAGACCCUUAAGGAUCUUGAAGAAACGCUAUCUUGUCAGGAACCACCUGCAGCGCAACCACAAGAGAUCAAAAAACAACAGGUGGCGUUGCAGGAAAUUCGCCACGAAAUUGAUCAGACCAAACCUGAAGUAGAACAGGUGCGUCGUCAUGGAAGCAAUUUGAUGAACAUGUGCGGUGAGCCGGACAAACCAGAAGUGAAGAAACACAUUGAGGAUCUGGACAAUGCCUGGGACAACAUUACCGCACUGUAUGCAAAGCGUGAAGAGAAUCUCAUCGAUGCCAUGGAGAAGGCUAUGGAAUUCCAUGAGACCCUGCAGAACUUGCUCAAGUUCUUGACAAAGGCAGAAGAUAAGUUUGCUCAUCUGGGGCCUGUUGGCUCGGACAUUGACGCGGUUAAACGUCAAAUUGAACAACUCAAGGUCUUCAAGGACGAAGUCGAUCCGCAUAUGGUGGAAGUAGAAGCAUUAAACAGAGGUCUAGAAAGACAAGCUGUUGAACUAACGGAACGCACUUCGCCGGAGCAGGCGGCAUCAAUACGGGAGCCACUCUCGGUUGUUAACCGUCGCUGGGAAGCUUUGCUACGUGGCAUGGUCGAUCGUCAGAAGCAGCUAGAACAUGCCUUGUUGCAUUUGGGUCAGUUCCAACACGCACUUAACGAGUUGCUCGUCUGGAUCAACAAAACAGAUAGUACAUUGGAUCAGCUGAAGCCGAUACCCGGCGAUCCACAGUUGCUUGAAGUUGAACUGGCCAAACUGAAGGUGUUGGCCAAUGACAUUCAGGCGCAUCAAAAUUCUGUGGAUACGCUCAAUGAUGCCGGUCGCCAGUUGAUUGAAACCGAAAAGGGUUCCUUGGAGGCCUCCACCACGCAAGAGAAAUUGCGCAAGCUCAACAACGAAUGGAAGCAGCUGCUUCAAAAGGCAUCUGAUCGCCAGCAUGAGUUGGAGGAGUCUCUACGUGAGGCACAAGGGUAUAUUGCUGAGGUGCAAGAUAUUCUGGGUUGGUUAGGCGAUGUUGACGCUGUUAUUGGCGCAAGCAAGCCGGUCGGUGGUCUACCCGAAACUGCUACUGAGCAAUUGGAACGCUUUAUGGAAGUGUACAAUGAACUGGAAGAGAAUCGUCCCAAGGUGGAGACCAUCCAGGCACAGGGUCAGGAGUAUAUAAAACGCCAGAAUCAAAUGAAGGUAUCGUCCAGCAACUUGCAGCAUACGCUACGCACACUUAAGCAACGCUGGGAUGCCGUCGUUUCGCGAGCCUCCGACAAGAAAAUCAAACUGGAAAUUGCACUCAAAGAGGCCACCGAGUUCCACGACACUCUGCAAGCCUUUGUCGAAUGGCUUACUCAAGCUGAGAAGCAACUGUCAAAUGCCGAACCCGUUUCUCGCGUUUUAGAGACCAUUCAAGCUCAGAUGGAAGAGCACAAAGUGCUACAGAAGGAUGUGAGCACGCAUCGCGAAGCGAUGUUAUUGCUUGACAAGAAGGGCACACAUUUGAAAUACUUCAGCCAGAAGCAGGAUGUGAUAUUGAUCAAGAAUCUACUCGUAUCUGUGCAGCACCGCUGGGAGCGUGUGGUGAGCAAAGCAGCAGAGCGUACACGUGCUCUGGAUCAUGGUUACAAAGAGGCCCGUGAGUUUAACGAUGCCUGGGCCGGCAUGAUGCAGUAUCUACAGGAAACAGAACAGGUGCUAGAUCAGAUCAUUGAAGAGGCCACGGCAUCAAAGGAACCGCAAAAGAUCAAAAAGUACAUCGGCAAACUCAAGGAGACGCAUCGUCAACUGGGUGCUAAGCAAUCCGUCUAUGACGGCACCAUGCGCACGGGCAAGAACCUGUUGGAACGUGCACCGAAAGGUGACCGCCCAGUUCUUGACAAAAUGUUGGUGGAACUCAAGGAGCAAUGGACCCGAGUUUGGUCCAAGAGUAUUGAACGCCAGCGGAAGCUGGAGGAAGCAUUAUUGCUCUCAGGUCAGUUCAGUGAUGCCUUGGGUGAGUUGCUUGACUGGCUGAAGAAGGCUAAGAGUCGUCUGAAUGAGAAUGGACCAGUACAUGGUGACUUAGAGACGGUGCAGGGUCUGUGCGAGCAUCACAAGCACAUCGAACAGGAUCUGCAGAAGCGUGCGGCCCAAGCGCAAGGCGUGCUCAAGACCGGUCGUGAUCUAGAACGAUCUGGAAACAAUCCUGAUGUUGGCCGUCAGCUAGACGAAAUGCAAGCCAUAUGGGAGGAGGUCAAGAGUGCUGUUGCCAAACGUGGUGAACGCUUACAGGUGGCACUUGUCGAUGCCGAGAAGCUCAACGCACGCGUGCAAACUCUGUUCGACUGGUUGGAUCAUGCCGAGCACAAACUGCGUUACGCGAAGAACGCUCCGGAUGAUGAGAAAGUCUCACGCGAGAUGAUGGACAUUCACAUGGAGUUUAUGCGUGACUUGCGUCAACGCGAGCGAGAGAAGAGCGAAACUUUCGAUUAUGCCGAGGAAAUUAUCAGCAAGGCCUACCCCGAUGCCAUACCCAUAAUCAAAAAUUGGCUGUCCAUCAUACAGCAACGCUGGGAGGAAGUACGUCAAUGGGCCAUCAACCGCGAAUCGAAAUUGGAACAACACUUACAAUCGCUCAAGGAUCUUGAUGAUACAAUUGAGGAACUGCUUGCCUGGCUGAGUGGCCUAGAAGCAACGCUAUUGAACCUUAAGCAUGAACCACUGCCCGAUGAAAUACCUCCGGUCGAGAAGCUUAUUGAAGAUCACAAGGAGUUCAUGGAGAACACAGCACGUCGUCAAAAUGAAGUGGAUCGUGCCUGCAAACCCCGACAACUACCUCCGGGAGCGCGCAAACCAUCUCGCAGUGGAAAGACUCCAGUUCGUGGCUCUAGUCAUGAUCUGCGCGAACAAUCGCCCGAUGGCACGCUCCGAAGACAAAGCUUCAAGGGAUCCCGCGAUCAAGGACUCAACGCACGCAAGGGCAGUCGUGUUACACCCACACGUGAUACGCCUGAUAGAGAUCGUUUGCCACAUUAUGGGCCAAGAUUUUCGCCAAGCUCUGCUGGUCCCGAACUCGAAUUCCGUUCGCCACGCGCCAAACUUCUGUGGAACAAGUGGCGCGAUGUUUGGAUGCUUUCAUGGGAACGCCAGCGUCUAUUGCACGAGCAUCUUAUGUAUCUGAAGGAUGUGGAACGUGCCCGCAACUUCAGUUGGGAUGAUUGGCGCAAACGAUUCCUCAAGUACAUGAACCACAAGAAAUCACGUUUGACCGAUUUGUUCCGUAAAAUGGAUAAGGACAACAAUGGCAUGAUACCACGCGAUGUCUUCAUCGAUGGCAUACUCAACACAAAAUUCGACACUUCCGGUCUGGAAAUGAAGGCUGUUGCUGAUCUCUUUGAUCGCAAUGGUGAGGGACUCAUCGAUUGGCAAGAGUUCAUUGCUGCACUGCGCCCAGAUUGGCAAGAACGUAAGCCUGCCACCGACUCCGAUAAGAUACACGAUGAGGUCAAGCGUCUAGUUAUGCUUUGCACGUGUCGUCAAAAGUUCCGUGUAUUCCAAGUUGGCGAAGGCAAAUAUAGGUUUGGUGACUCCCAAAAGUUGCGCCUGGUUCGCAUUCUACGCAGCACUGUUAUGGUGCGUGUAGGAGGUGGUUGGGUAGCACUUGAUGAAUUCCUGCAGAAGAACGAUCCUUGUCGCGCCAAGGGACGCACUAACAUUGAGCUACGCGAGCAAUUCAUUUUGGCCGAUGGCGUCUCACAGAGCAUGGCCGCAUUCACGCCCAGACGUUCCACGCCCAAUGCUGCUGCCACUGCCAAUGCCGCACAAAAUGGCGGCAGCUCAAACUUGCCGCCAUAUUUAAGUGGACAGGGUCCAAUUAUAAAGGUACGCGAGCGUUCUGUGCGCUCCAUACCCAUGUCCAGGCCAUCACGCUCGUCGCUCUCUGCCUCGACACCCGACUCGCUCAGCGACAACGAGGGUAGCCAUGGCGGACCAUCGGGCCGUUAUACGCCACGCAAGGUAACCUACAUGAGCACGCGCACGGGCCUCACGCCAGGAGGCUCACGAGCUGGCUCUAAACCGAACUCACGCCCGCUUAGUAGACAAGGCUCGAAGCCGCCUUCGCGGCAAGGCUCAACAUUGUCGCUGGAUAGCACGGACGAUCACACUCCCUCACGCAUUCCGCAACGCAAGCCAUCGACGGCCAGUACUGGCAGCGGUACCGGUACCACACCACGUCCCGCUCGUUUGUCAGUGACUACGACUACGGCAACGCCGGGCAGUCGUUUGAACGGCACUAGCACAAUUACACGUAAAACCGCUUCCGGUUCUGCGAGUCCAGCGCCCACAAGGCGCCCAUCAAGGAUACCGGUUAAGAUACCCUCAUUUGAUUCCAAGUCAGCUAACUCAACAUCGCCCACCAGCUCGACUACGAAUCCAAAUAGCUUGGGACGCAACAUAAGCGGCAGCUCCACGCCUUCGGGAAUGCAAACGCCCCGGAAGAGCUCGGCCGAGCCAACGUUCAGCUCGACUAUGCGACGCACAUCGCGCGGCACUACGCCCACAGAGAAGCGUGAGCCAUUUAGGCUGUAAACACAGAAGAUGCCAAUUAUACACAAAUAUGCGAAAUAACAAAACAACAAAUUAAAAACAAAACAAAAAAUCAAGAAAUUAAUAACUAACUGCGCACUGAAGUUUUAAACUAAUACAUUUGUGAAUUGUAGCUGCCCAUUGGCGACUACACAAAAAACACUUACACCCUACACCUACAAGCUACACAAACUAAACAACAACAGUACCCAGUUUAUAGAAAUUAAACAUCUGAUAUACAUAAACCUAUGUAUAGUAUGUUGCAGCUCUAAAGUGCCCUAAAAACAUUUAUAAAUAUAUAUUUUAUAAAUAUUUACAAACUAACCUUUAAGAACUCCCCCAUGCCCAUUAAGCAUUAAGCCCAAUUCCCGCUUAGGCUUUAAAGCAGCUCCACAAUGAAUACUGAAGAAACACUUUUCGAAAGCGUAAAAGACACAUGCCGAAAUAUACACACAUAGCUAGCACACAAAGUUGAGCAUACAACCUACUAAUACUAAUAAAAAAUAACUAAAGCCACUAAUAUCUACUACUUACUGCUACAACUAAUUUAUAAUGCCUACUACUUUUAUUUACUAGUUACAUAAAGUUUUCCCAAAAUUAUAAUUUGUAUAUACGAGUACAUAAAAGAAAACUAAACAUAAAUUAAUGCAAAAUACACUCCAAGUGCUUUAAGGCAAUUAAAAAGAAAAGAAAAAGAAAUUGAAAUAAAAUUUACAUCAAUUGUAGAAAAAAGAAACAUUCGAAUGAAAUUCUGAAUACUCUGCCAAAUAUCCGACCGGUCUCUGUGUCUGUCCGCGCCGUUAAAAUCGCCAGUUUGACGGUGCCCGGAUCCUAGAGCUAUUUGGACUAUUGGACAUUGCCAGAGAUAUUCGGUAAAAAAAAAUACAUGUAACCAAAAUAAGCGAAAAAUUAUUACUUUUGUUCUGUUACAACUAAUAGUAAAAAAGAUGUAAGCCGAGUAAUGAAAAUAUUUAAUUACAUAUAUACUAAAAGUCAUUAUCGUAAGUUUAAUUAAUUAAUUAUGUAAUUGUUAGGAAGCCACACAGAUUUUUUAUAAUGCAUAAUUAUUGUGUUUUUAUAUGCAGCGAAAUGAAAAAAUAAAACAAAAUAUAUAAACCGAUGCGAACUAAAACGAGAGUUUAUAUAAAUACUGUAAAAUACUAAUACUAAAUUAUUUUGUUGUACGAAAGGAAAAGAAAGCAUUAAACGUUUUUUGUAAUUCUAUUAAAUUAAAAAAAUAAAUUCAUUGGAAAAUAAACAUUUACAAGAGAAAUUAUAACAAAA